CCGAGGUUCCAUCCAUUCUCCUCCCUUCAAUUUGCCCUCCCAUCGCUUCUGAACAAACGUUUAACAAGGUCAUCUGGUAGAAUCCGGUGUGAAGACCUGUGGCAUCAUGGAGAACGUCAGUAACGUGUCCCAGCCCAUGACUGCGGACGAGCUGUACGACUUAGACUUCCCGUCCAACAUGACUGACGUCUUCCAUCAGGACACUGACGGUGAAGUCCUGUGGGCGAAGAUCUUCCUCUGCACGGUGUACUCUAUCACCAUGCUGACGUGCGGCGUCGGCAAUCUCCUGCUCAUGGUCGUCAUAGCGAAAUACAAGGAGAUGCGGACCAUCACCAACGCCCUGGUGGCCAACCUGGCGCUGUCUGACUUCCUCGUGGCGGUGUUCUGCCUGCCGUUUAUCCUAGACUACCACAUCGUCAGGCCCAACCGGCCCUGGACGUACGGCGACGUCACCUGCGCUGUCGUCAACUACGCCCGGAUGACGUCCCUCUACGUCUCCACCAACGCACUACUGGUCAUUGCAGUGGACAGGUACGUGGUGAUCAUGAUGCCGCACAUCCCGCGGAUGAGUCGGGCCGUGGCCACGUGUGUGGUGAUGGCGGUGUGGGUGUGCUCCAUGCUGUUAGCCAUCCCCACAGCCGUGUAUUCACGUGCGCUCUACUAUGUCGACUUCCACGGUACAUUCUGCGGACUCGUCUGGCCCAUUGGUCAUCAAGUCAGAUACAAGGCUUACUAUUUGGCUGUUCUCCUGUUGGAGUUCAUCGUCCCUGUCCUGAUUAUGUCGUUCUGCUACAUCCGGAUAGCCCGCCGGAUCUGGUACCGGACGGUUCCCGGGCAGCAGACUGAGUCCCAGCAGGCCGCCAUGUUGAAAUCCAAGAAGAGAAACGUCCGACUGCUUAUCGUCAUUCUCGUGAUGUUUGUCCUGUGUUGGGGACCGUACUACGGCUAUGCCGUGGUGAGAGACUUCUUCCCGCGACUGCUGGCCAAAUCACGACUCAACAUCACCCUGCACUACAUCGUGGAAGCGGUCGCUAUGGGCAACAGCUCCAUUGACACCGUGGUGUACAUCGCCAUGAACGGCAACGUGAGGAAGUUCAUGAAGAAGCUGCCGCACGACUGCUACACGUCCUACAUGCAGUGGAAGAACCGCCGGGUCCAACCCGUCGGUCUCUCGGGCGCAGGAGGCAGACGUCCCGCAGCCAGACGCUCCUCCACGCGGUCCGACAACACCUUCCCUCCGUCAAACUACUCCAACUACAGAACCCGCGAUGUGAAAGAAGUCUUCUGUAUCGAGGACAAAGUAACUCAUAGAUCAAAUCCCUACUCUGGUGAGUAAGGGUCAUACGGACUGUUUACUAUAAGGACCCGUUAAUAUCGUCGUACAUCGUACAUGUGUCCUCUAAGAAUCAGCUGUCUUAAUAUUCGAAAAAGACUGUCUUAGAUUCUUGUCGGUAGUUGGUUCUGUCAUCGGCUGCCUGAAAGUUCAAAGUCGUACGACGACCUACGACAAAUGUGACCGUGACGUUACUGGCAGUAAAGUAACUAUUGAUAUAGUCAAAUAGUUUUAUGUACUAUGAAAUGUAGGAUUGGAAAAUCACAAGACUACAAGCUAGCUAGACCAUACCAGGGAAGCACAUCUCAGUUUAUUACUUUAAAGACAAAAUCAAAUCAAAGACAAGAGAUCUGAUGCUUUUCUGAUUAUAGGGCAACAUGUGAUACCAUGAAUGACACAUAGGACAACAUUUACAAUAUGUAAUCUUUAAAGACAUUACUUUGUAUGUAAAUGUUGAAACACAAUUUUGAGGUUUCGAGGGUUACAAAGUUACCAACUGGUGUAACAAUCACUUAAUGUCGAAUAAACUGUGUUGUUAAAUAGAUAUACAGGAUAUGAUACAUUGUUCUAAAACACACACACACACA